AUGGCUGAAGUUCGCUCAUUGCACGUCGAACUGGCGGAGGAGUCGUCGCAGGCGUCGUCGUUCACGUUCAACGACCGACGCUCGCCCCGUGACGACGACGACACAGACAAUGGCCACGGCCACGGCCACGACACGGACGAUUCGCAGGGAUCCAACGCGCCAGCCUUUGCUGCGACGACCGUGCACCAAAGUUCAUCCCGCAGUCAUCCGACCCAUCGUUUCGCAGCAUCACUCCAUACACCCUUUCAAGGCUCGUCAACCGGUCUUCCCUCACCCCCAGACACGGCGCAGAGGCCCUUGUCCUCGAAUGGGGUCUAUCCGACCGCCGCGAGAGCAAGACCCCUUUCCAAUGGUCAACUUGGAACAGCCUCGAUGACACCCGUUCGACUGACACCAUUACGCCGGGUCAACUUGGUCGAGUCGAGAUCGUCCAUCAAUCGGAUCGGAGCGACGAGCUCCCCCCUGUCGGCGGGUGUCCACUUCAAAAACGGUGCUUUCGGUGGCAGCCACGCCGGCACUCACCAAUCUCCGUUCCCGGCGCCGACAAGCAAGAAGUGGUUGGUAAUGGUCAAGGGUCCACCCAUCUUGCCUCACUCACCACCACCUAAUGAUGUAAGCUUGCACGGACAUGAUUGAAGAGGAUAGGGGCUCAUUCGACUUUGUUUGCACAACACAGGCGAGUGGGUUCGCCAGAGCGUACGGUGCUUCGGGACGAUACGAUGGUGGUGUUUUGAUGCCACUCCAGAACAGUGUGAGUGCGUUCCGAGUACUUUGAUGUAAACGUCCUCUCACAUCCUGGUCAACGUGCAUAGCUCUCGGCUCAAGUCGCGUUGAUCGCGCGAGAAUUCUCCCUGCCCUCCAUCGGCGGAGUCGCUCUCUACCUCUGUCUCAACAACUCGACCAACGUCACCCCCUCCGUUCCUAUGGCUAGACGAAUAUCUCGGGCUACUUCUGCCUCGCUCAGCACAGCGCCGGACGAUGUAUCGAGUCGCCCAGCUUCAAUGCUGUCGACGAACGAGUACCACGAGCCCGAGAUGUUCAAGCCCAGGAUAUUGGAAGAGACGUGGGGGACCUUGUGGGCCGCAUUCUUGGAUCCGCUUGGCGUUGUCGGAGAAAGUGUGCAAGGGCCGUUUGGUCCUUCUCUCGGUGAGUUCCGCACACGGGGGAAACGUGCGAAGUUCGUCGACCACUGACUUGGUGCUCGCUUCUCAACAGCGAUCGCUGGUAUGCUCGAAUUCGACAUUGACCCUCGUCGAGCGCACUGGUUGGCAAAUUGCUAUUCAUCGUCCGAUCCGAAUGAAUACCAUCACUCGACACCAGCUGUGCCACCUUCAUCCCACAUGUCGACACCCACGCUCUCGGCUCCUCAACUUCGACAUGUCCCUCGCGGAUCUGAGGUGGCGCACAGAGCUUUGCAAGGGAACCGAGGUGGAAGUCAAGUCGGACGCAGAGGGCGCUCAAUCUCUUACGUGUGGCAUCAACCUGAGGAGCAGGAACAGCGAUCAAGGACCCCAGCUCGUUCAACAGAUGAAGAAGUCCCGCAUGAGCUAGUCCGCUCCACCCUGGGUGGGCACUUUGGUGAUCGCGACGACUCAAACUUUGAUCCCCGAUUGGUCAAAAGUCUCGAAGGCUCGGAACGCGGUAGCUUUGGAGGUAUGAUGCUCCGAGACAUGAACGACGUAGGGUUUGAGGAUGAAGACCAAGAUUCGGAAGAGCCCGACUCGGACGUACCAUCUGAUGUCACUUCGCACGACGAUUCGCUGACGACGGAUCUCGAGGUGCUUCAUGACCUUCGCACCGUCGAGGUUGGAGCCGAAUCGGCGGCGUUCGAGUCGUUUGAUCAUUUCUUGACUUCCACUCCUGGACCAUCGAGUUCUGCAAAUCGUCAGCUGAGUACGCAAGAUCGAGAUGGGACGGGGUCGCCGAGGCGUGAAACAGCCGCUGUGAGUUGCAGUCUCGAACCACUCGCCGAACGGUCGUCUCUGGACGAACACCACUCGACGGCUCUCGUGGAGUAUGGACAAGCCAUGACCUCGAUUGAGGCAGUAUCCGAUCUUCAUGAAGUCGCCUUGCUUGAUCUAUCUCAAAAAGAUAUCUCCCCUCGACACCAGGUCUCGAUGAGCGAUGGCGAGCAGGCCAGCUCUGGCAACAAGUCGAUCGAAGACUUUGAGCGCGAGGACGUCAAAUGCUCUGCGGAGAACGUGGAACACCAAUCUUCGUCACGGGGCGAGAGUCUUGAUUUGCUGCAUGGCGACGCGCCCAGCGAAUCCGCAGCAGUCGUCGAUGAUCCUAGAACGGCGGCGCACCAACCACCCCCUUCUACCGCACUGGAGCCCACCAACAAGCUUACUUCCACGGCCAAGGUCACCUACCCAUACUUCCAGCUCUACCCUCCUCACCCACCGUACUUCGUAUCUGCGACCAAGACCCCCUCCACCCCUAGUCCCACUGGUUCCUUUUCGAAGUUGAUGUCUUCGCCGAAGCGACGAGGUGCGCCUCCUUCGCCCCUUCAAAUCAAGCAGCAUGGAACCGACGGUUCGGACACCAAGACAAAAGAAGUACCCGAGAAAGAAGAUCAAGAGGUGCACGUGCGAAAUGAUCCCCAGAUGGUCACCGAGGGAGGACAACCUUGGGACGAAACGACACCUCAAGACGCCAUCUUCGCCGAGUACGCCCAGGCUUCGCCAAGUGGAUACGACGAGUCCACCGGCUUCCCAGAGGCCCCGAACUUCCCUCAAGAAAUUGAUCUGGACCAGGUCGAUCAAGCGAAGCUCAAAGAGGCCUCGAAUGAAGAGUCGGGAUUGUUGCUGAGCGCUUCACCACAUUCGACGUCGUCUUCUUCGGGUUCGAGCAUGUCAACGACCUUCGAGAGGGCGCUCAAGACGAGUGGGCAUCGUAAUGUAUUGAGUUUGGGAGAAAGCGAUGUGAGUCGAGACACCGUUCAAAACCUCUCUGCUACCUGUAACUGACUUGUCCACAAUGCCAAUCAGACCGGCUCCGACAUCAUGCCCCUCUCAGCCCUCUUUCGCCCCCCUCCUUCGGGUCACUUCGACUCAGCAUUCGACUUCCAACCCAGUCCCAUCGCUACCACCAACUCUUCAAUGGAAAGCUUCACCUCUCCCAAUCGUCGUCCUCCUUCCCCCACCUUGAACGCCACCGAACUCAAUUCGACGUCGUCCAAUAUCUCCGCUUUCGUCCGAGCGAUGGGCCAUCCGGAUGAUGGAGUUCCUUUCGAUUUGCCUGCUCAGGGGACGGACAAUUCGUUGGAAAAUCCUCUAGAGGUCGGUGAUGAUUCGAUGGAUUCCAUAGGUUCUAUGGGGACCGACAAACUCGCGGCGAUGCAAACGAGCUUCGAUCUUAACCAAGGUAUCCCUGCUGAGGGUUUGUUGGUCGGGAUCGGCGGGCGAGCUGAUGAUGAUGACGAUGACGAAGAUGAGGAUUCGGACGAUGAUGGGAUCGAGUUGGGCGAGGAUCAAAGUUGUCAGAUCUUUGAUCAUCUCCCCUCGUCACCUUUGCCAGCAGUGCUGGAGGCGGAGAUACCGAACUCGAGUCCGCAGCACUUGCCGACGGCCGCGGUAGAAGCGUAG